AUGAUUAUCAUCGCCGCCAAUCUGCGCAAUAAUCGACAAAAGCCCCGCCGACGAGAUCUCAAUCUGCUCCGAAAACUCCACCGCACACCGGCCGCGACAUGCCACCUCGGCAAGCAGGCCCUCGAGGUGCACGAGAUUGUGGCGGCGAGCGCGGGGUGCGGAGUGUCGCCGGUGGUGCGGGUGGCGGAGGGCCAAGCGUGGAUGAUCAAGCGGGCGCUGGACGCGGGGGCGCACGGGAUUUUGGUGCCGAUGCUGGAGACGGCGGACGAGGCGCGGCGCUACACCGAGUCGGGCUUCCUGAUGCCCUCCGCCAUGACCGAUAUGAUCGGGCUGAGCCAGGUGUUCCGGCAGGCUUUCGAGGGUUCAGUAUAGAAUGGCCCGAGGUGUCCUCAUGCUUAUAACUAGAAGAGCGUGCGUUACGGGGGAGAACCCCCGGCCCCCCCUUCUUUUCCAGCUUCCCAGUUACCUCAAUCCAAAUACUGGUUUAACAAGGAAUUCCGG